GAGGAUGCCACGUAUGGUGAGAAAGUUUUGAGUAUCGUAAACUCCGUCCGACCGAAAGAAACUACAAAUAGCCCCCCCAGACGUCGCUUCACCUCGCGCCUCAGGCGGCGAUGGCUCGAAAGAGGCCGUCCGAGGCGGCGCCGGCUCCGCCGAACCUGGACUUCCGGGCGCCGGGGGAUGACGCCUGGUACGAGGUGCGGCUCGCGGUGGAGGAGGACGUGGAGGGGGAGGCGGCCCUCCACGUGAUGUACUGCAACUUCUCCGGGGCGUUCGACGAGCUGUACCCCGCCGAUCGGUUCGCGAGCCUGAGGGAGUUGGAGGAGUUCGCGGGGAGGUUCCGGCCCACGUCGGUCCAGCUCCAGGACGAGGAGUGCCGGAUGGUGGUCGAGGGCACGGAGUUCUGCGCCUCCCACACCUUCGGCGACCGCGAUGUCCGGUUCUACGACGCCGUCGUCGAGUCCGUCAGGCGUUCAAAGCACAGAUCAGUUAAUGGUGAAGCCAUCUGCAACUGCACAUUUGAAGUCCUCUGGAAGCAUGGCCCUUUAGCUGGAGAAAGUACACCAAUUAAUGUGCAAGAUAUAUGCAUUAUGGAGCAGAAAUGGCCACAGAACCCAACACUGGACCAUUUCCUGGAUAUUGCAAGAAAUAGGUUCGAUGGAAAUGACAAGACUUCAAAGCAGGCGAUCGAUCCGGAAAGAUCUCCACUUAAGCCGAUGUUUGGAGAGAAAAACUAUUAUGCUUUCUGGAUUGAUAAUCUUGAGAAAGAUCUAUCACCGAUGACUAUGAAUGAUUUCAUAUAUGAACAGACAUCCUUGUCCUCUCAAGUAGAGCUAUCUUAUAGUGUUUUACCAGUGAUGUCUUGUAGUGGAAUGGUCCUCUUAAGGACUGAGAAAGAUGCCAAGAAAUUACUCGACUUUCUACUUGAUCCUGCUCACAUUGUGGUCUCCUCCAGGGGAAGACCCUGGUUUGUCAGAGAUGAUUGGUGUCGAAAAUUUGAAGGCGCAAUGCCGAGAUAUGAGGUCAAAAGGUCAAACAGAGUUCAACAAGCCUCGAGCAAAUUGAAGUUGGCGUACAGGGGAACCAAAGAAUACGAAAGAGCCAAGGAAUUGCAAGGCCUACGUUGCGAGUUUCACAACCAUUUAGAGUGCAUAUACCGAAGACUGGAAUCAGAGGAGAGAAUACUUCUAACCGGGAGAGAAUGAGAUUUAAGUUACCAAUAGCUUCUUGAUGGUUUCACCAAGCGUUUUGCAAUGUUUUGAUGAUUGGAUUGUGAAGAUACCGAUGAUGGCCUGUGAAUCUCUAAUAUUAUAUUUGAUUGUAUUAUUGCAAAAUCGUGCUAACAUACUUGGUUUGUUUUCUCA